CUACAAACAUGGCUGUCUCAGUGCUACGGCUGACACUUGUUUGGGGACUGCUUGUCUUAAUCCUGACUUGCCAAGCCGAUGACAAACCAGAUAGCAAGCCAGAUGACAAGCCAGAUGACUCAGGCAAAAGCCUAAAACCAGACUUUCCAAAAUUCCUAAACCUCUUGGGCUCGGAGAUCAUUAAGAAUGCGGUGGGGUUCAUCGUCUGCUCCAUGAUAAGGAGCAAAGGAUUUAUGGAAUGUGAUGAUAAACAAGAAGAUAAACAAGAAGAAGAACAUUCAUCAAAGUGACUUCAACCAGGACAUACGUGCAUGGCUCCAGAAUAAGGCAAGGGCAGCUGAAUCCUGCUUUUCCAGUUCUUUUGUUUCACAAGUCCUCCAGGACAGAGGCCUCAAAGCAGCU